AUGUUUCGUUCUGUAUGCCGCGAAUUUGACUCUGUCCAGGAUGAAUAUGCCCAAUUUGAGUUCAUGUACUCUUCGAAAGCUAAGGAGAUAUUCUUCAAACACAGUGACCUCAAACAUAACUAUCAGAAAACCGUGAGGUCGCUGGAUAUCGAGAAACAGGCCGUUAAGAAGGCUUUUGAGAAUGACCAGCUCCGGGCAAGGCGAGCGAGUUCGGAUUAUAAAAAUCGAAAGGAGCAGAUUGUUCAGGAUAAGAUUAUCAAUGAUCUGACCAGGCAACAACUGAUGAGGAAUCAGAGUCCCGCAUAUAGGCACGAGGAUGAUAACAGAAAAAGACAAUUGUUGUCCUCGUCCUCAUUGUCUGAGGAACCACCAGCAAUAGCCACUGUGGAUGAAAAGGGUGAUGCUACGUUUCUCAAUCAAAAAGACCGCGAUGCUACGUUUCUCACUCAAAAAGAAAGUGAUGCUACUUUUCUCACUCAAAGGAGGCAGACGCAAAGUGCUCCACCGCGGAAAAUUUCUGUUCUGAAUGAUCCAACUAGACCGGAAGAGACGCUGAUGAGACAGCGGAAAGUGGCUCUGCAGGAAACGACGGUAAAUCUGCAAAAGAAGAUGGACAGCUUUCUGAACCGGAUUGACCAAUUUGUUAAAGGUGAACAUCUACAGCCUGCCCAUAAGUCAAAAGUGUCGUUUCAGUUAUCGGUUCCGCCGGAAACCGAAUAUACGAGAAAGAAGACAUUCAUCAGGAGUCAGUCAGCAGCAGCGAUAGUUACCAAGGCGAAGGCAGCCGAUUCUAAAUCCAGGCGAGACGUUCUGGAAGAGACAUGUGAUCCUGAGGCAAACGACAAGUUUGAUGAAGAUAUCAAGAUGUCGUCAAGUAACGGCAGACGGACUUCUAUUUCCAGAGCAAGGAUUGACGAACUCGUUUAUGGUAAAUCUGGCCCAUCAACGAUGGUUUCGCCCAACCCAACAACGCCGGGCGAACGCAGACGGUCUUUGACUUUUAUAACGGACGCGUUGGUCCCGGAGAGACGCGAGACCCUAUCAGCGUCGUCGAGGAAGAAACAAACUAAAUCUAGCAAACAAAUAUUUUCGGAAAAUAAAGAAAAAAUCAUGGACGCUUGGUUGGCGUUUACUUCGACUGACAAUAGUUUGGAGGGAAUGAAGAAGUUGGGGAGAAUGGCCGCUAGGGGACGGGAGGAGUACAAUGUGGCUCGGAAAAAGUCCUUGGUUAGUUCGGACGCUUAUCAACAGUUUGAGAGUUUUAAGAAGCGAAGGGGUUCGUCGUCCAGGAGGGCGAGCACGGCCUCUGUUGACCGAAAGAAAAGGCACGUUUCGUUGCCAGCUUUUAGUAACGGCCUUGGUGAAAGGUUGGUCCCUAGUAAUGGGUUAAUGAACGACAAACUACUUCAAGGGUAUACUACAAAAGAAAAGAUUAAGGAAGAGCAAUUUAAAGAGAUAGAUGUUGAAGAAACUGGCGUAGAAAAGGAUGUUGACACUUGUAACUUGGAUGGGAACAGUGGGGCUGCAAACACUGCAGAGAUAGUUGAUAAAGAAGGUGCAACAACAGAAACGAAAUCGAUCGAAACUUGUUUCGAUGAUGAAAGUAAUGAUGCUGAUGGGGUCAAUGUUGUCGAGCUCACCAUACAAGCUGUGGAGGAAGCGAAUGCUAUGUGGAAGAAGUUACACGGCUCGGGAAAGGAGCCCAGUACAGACGGUCAAACAGGUGCAUGGGUGAAAGGGGGCACGGACGGGAGAAAAAAUGGAAAGGGAAGCCCGUCAGAGUUUCGGAGAAAGGGGAUAGUGGUGAAAAAACCCCAGUAA